AUGCGUGCUCGUUCUGCCGGCGCCGUACUCUCGCGCGUCGCGGCGGCACGGGGUGCAGCGACGCUGUCGACAGCGACGGUCACUGGCACCGCACGCAGCCACAAGGUAGUCGUCGUCGGCGGCGGCACGGCCGGCGCGAGCGUGAGCCACCAGCUGCUGCGCGGCGGGCAGUACGCGCGCGGGGACGUGGCCGUCGUCGACCCGGCCGUGUGGCACCACUACCAGCCCGGCUGGACGCUCGUCGGGGGCGGCCUCAAGGACAAGGACGACCUCCGCCUGCGCAUGACGGACGUGCUGCGAGACCCGCGGCUCACCCUGUACCCGCAGGCCGUGCGGGGAUUCAGCCCCGCGGAGAACGCCGUCACCCUGGCCUCGGGCGACCGGCUGCAGUACGAGCAGCUCGUCGUGUGCCCGGGCAUCCGCGUCGACUACGGCGCCAUCAAGGGCCUGCCCGAGGCGCUGGCCGACCCCGACCUGCCCGUCUCGACCGUGUACGGGUACGACGGCGUCGACAAGGUCUUUGGCACCGUCGAGCGCCUGCGCCGCGGCCAGGCGCUCUUCACCCAGCCCGCCGGCAUCAUCAAGUGCGCCGGCGCGCCGCAAAAGGUCAUGUGGCUGGCGCUGGACCACUGGCGGCGCGCGGGCCGGUACAGCGCCGGUGACACCGCCGCAUCCGACAUUCGCAUCGCGUUCGCCACCGCCCUGCCGGCCAUGUUUGGCGUGCCCAAGUACAGCGCGGCGCUCGAGGCGCUGCGGCGGGAGCGCGGCGUCGAGGGCCUCUUCCAGCACGACCUCGUCGAGGUCAACGGCGACCGGGCCGUGUUUGCGCGGACCGGCGAGACGGCGACGGUCACGCGCCGGUUUGACCUGCUGCACGCGGUGCCCAAGAUGGGCCCGCACGCGUUCGUCGCCGACAGCCCGCUGGCCGACGGCGCCGGGCUGGUGGCCGUCGACCCGGCGACGCUGCGGCACGCGACGCACGCCAACGUCUGGGCGCUGGGCGACGCCGCGGGCCUGCCGACGGCCAAGACGGCGGCGGCGGUGACGGCGCAGGCGCCGGUGCUCGUGGCGAACCUGCUGGCCGCGGCGGAGGGCAAGGCCCCGACGGCGGCGUACGACGGCUACACGUCGUGCCCGCUCACGACUGAGUACGGCAAGGUGCUCCUCGCGGAGUUCCAGUACGGCGGCACCCCGAAGGAGACGUUUGCGGCGCUCGGUGUCGACCAGGCCGUGCCGAACCGCGCCUUUUACCACUUGAAAAAGGACUUUUUUCCUUGGGUAUACAAGAACUACAUGGUUAAGGGCACCUGGGGCGGCCCCAAGGGCUUCCUCCGCUAG